CAAGAAGAGUUGAUUUGACCCCAUUUGCUCAUUUCGCAUGCUUUCUUCUUUUGCUUGCGCAGUUUAUACGUGAGAAGAAAAAAGGGAGGAAGAAUGGAAAAAGGAGUACUUGACGCUCAUUUUCAAGAUUGUGAGUUAGAACCUCUUGUGAUUGGUAACGGGAAAGUUGAGCAGCAGUUUGGAGAAUGGCCCCGAGUCUCAACAGGAGAGGAUGGUAAGGCUGGCAAGGAAAUGGGUGAGCCGGUGGGAGGGGGGGAUAGGAUGCUGGUUCUCCCACAGAGGGAGGAGCAUGUGGUGUUAGGCAGUUCUGAAAAUCAACCUGUUAUGGUGGGUUAUGCUGUAGAGAAGACGAAUUGCAUAAAACCUUGGAAGAGAGUAGCACGAGGGAAAGGGGUGAUGAGCGAGAACUCUUUUAGCGGAGAGCGAGGUAAACUAAAAGUGAAUGCUGACAUGGAGGAGGCUACUGAGGAGGUUCUUCAGAAUAAAAGAUGCAAGAAUGCUGAAACUGAGAUUUUGGGUGUUCAAGGAGAAUUGAAUCGAGGGUGUUCCCCCACGAGUUUGUUUUCUUGUUUCUAUAUUUAGGACUUAGGGCCUGUUUGGUGUGGCUCCUAGCAGCUUUAGUUUUUGAAUACUAUUUAUAUCUCAUGAAUUUAAAGUUUUCUCUUAAAAUUUUAUAUUUUUAAAUAUUUUUUAACUUCAAAAAGCUUUUAAACAGUAAAAGUUCAAAAAUUUC